AUGUCGCGUCUUGACGACAUACCUUCAAGCCCAGGAAAAUUCAAGAUGGAGAAAUCUUCAUACCUAAACCGUCUCAGAUUCCAAUCAUCACUAACAAAAUUUGCAUUUUUCUCCUUCUUCCUGCUCUGUUUAAUCUCCAUCCUCUUCCUCCGAUCACCACCGUCGAUUUACCAAUCACAAUCCGAUCCAUCUCGCCGUUCACUCCGAACAUACACCUACGGAGGACCAGCUUUCGAGAAAAAAGUCCGAAACUCCGCUCGAGUCCGAACCUCCUCAAGCAACGGAAUCACAGUCCUAGUCACAGGAGCUGCUGGUUUCGUCGGUACACACGUCUCCGCGGCAUUGAAACGCCGCGGAGACGGAGUAAUCGGACUCGAUAACUUCAACGAUUACUACGAUCCUUCCUUAAAACGAGCAAGACAAGCAUUACUAGAGAAAAAUGGAGUCUACAUUGUAGAAGGAGACAUAAACGACGUCGAAUUACUUCGUAAGCUAUUCAACAUCGUCUCCUUCACGCACGUCAUGCAUCUAGCAGCUCAAGCUGGUGUUCGUUACGCAAUGGAAAACCCUAAUUCCUAUAUUCAUAGCAACAUCGCUGGAUUCGUUAACUUACUCGAGAUCUGCAAAUCUGUGAAUCCACAACCAUCGAUUGUUUGGGCUUCUUCAAGCUCUGUUUAUGGAUUAAACACAAAAGUACCAUUCUCAGAGAAAGAUAAAACAGAUCAACCGGCGAGUUUAUACGCAGCGACGAAAAAAGCCGGCGAAGAAAUCGCGCAUACGUAUAAUCACAUAUACGGAUUAUCACUCACCGGAUUAAGGUUUUUCACUGUGUAUGGACCUUGGGGAAGACCAGACAUGGCGUAUUUCUUCUUUACGAAAGAUAUUUUGAAAGGGAAAUCGAUUUCGAUUUUCGAAUCGGCGAAUCACGGUACGGUGGCUAGGGAUUUCACUUACAUUGACGAUAUUGUGAAAGGAUGUUUAGCGGCGCUUGAUACGGCGGAGAAGAGUACAGGAAGCGGUGGGAAGAAAAAAGGUCCGGCGCAGUUACGUGUGUUUAACCUCGGGAACACUUCUCCGGUACCGGUUUCAGAUCUGGUGAGGAUUUUGGAGAAGCAAUUGAAAGUGAAAGCGAAGAAGAAGAUGAUUAAGAUGCCACGAAACGGUGACGUUCCGUAUACUCAUGCUAAUAUUAGUUUAGCGAGAAAUGAGCUUGGGUAUAAACCGACGACGGAUUUACAAACCGGUUUAAAGAAAUUCGUGAGAUGGUAUUUGAGUUAUUAUAAAAAAUCCGCCGUUUAG